GGGAAUGCAGAAACAUAUUCCCCUAAACUUGUGCAAAUGUGAGCGUGUGUUCCAACGCAUGAGCCCUCUGCCACAGGCAUCAAUCAACUACUCCACCACGAGAUGAACCCAUGAGCUAGCUCACUUAUCCUUCUCUUCUCCCCAUCGCCCAACUCUCCAUUGCCAUGGGAGAAUCCACCGCCCAAGUCCAUCAGGCUCCCGCCGACUCCGACUCCGACGACUACGUCAGGAAGCUCGAAGCGAGAGACUCCAUCUUCUUCCGCCCGCAGCGCCAAGAAACUUUCUCCUCCCGCCGUGAUGAUUGCUUCAGCCACGCCCGCUCGGAUGCCAUCCGGUGGAUCCUACGAACCAAGUUCUGUUUCGGAUUUAGCUUCCGGACCGCUUACCUCGCCGUCACCUACUUCGAUCGGUUCUUGGCGCAACGAAGCAUCGGGAACGGGAAGCCGUGGGCGGUGCGACUUCUGUCUUUGGCCAGCGUCUCUGUCGCCGCAAAGAUGGAGGAAUGCAGUGCGCCGACGCUCGUCGAUCUCCAGUCCGACGGUCUUUCUUUCGACGCCGGUUCGGUGCAGAGGAUGGAGCUGCUGCUGCUCGACACCCUGCAAUGGCGGAUGAACUGCGUGACCCCAUUUGAUUACUUUAGUUAUUUCGUCUCCAAGUUCCAGUGCGAUUCUUCUCCAGAGGAGUUGCUGUGCAGAGCCAUUGACUUCAUUUUCCGAGCCAUUGACGUGAUAAAUUUAGCCGCGUAUCGCUCGUCCGCCAUUAUUGCUGCAGCUGCCAUACUGGCUGCAUCCAGCAAACUGUACUCGAAACAAGCCUUGGAAUCAAAGAUCAGCACUGUGUCCAUGUUUGGUUCCUGUUCGGAGAAGGAACAUGUAUUUUUCUGCUACAAUAUUAUGACCCAGGAUCCAUCAAAGAAUGAUGAUGGCAAGAGAAGAGCACCAAAGAGGAUGAGUUCUUCGCCAGAGGAAGUGUAUUCCCGCAACACCGAUGCCAGUGAAAUUGCGCCCUCCAACUUGUCGAGGAAGAAAAGGAGAAAGCUUUGUUUAGCAGAUAUCAACUGGAGACUACCUUAACACUUGCCAUUUUCUUUUGCAGUUUGAUUGCUUGUUGUUUGAGUGCUUGUUUGUUCAAGAAUAGGACACAUGCGGAUCAAUAAGUAACAUUAGACCUUGAUAUUCUUGGCCUGGUAACGUACUUGGAUUUUGUUUUGUUUCAUGGAAAU